AUGAUGAUCGUGGUCGGAGACGAGCUCAAUUGCUUGUACGCCGGAGAUGAACUGCGAAAGGGAAUCUCCAAAUUGGCAUCAUUUACUGCUCCCCCGGAUGCUAUCUUCCUCCAAGAUGCUCUACUCGACAAGGCGCAUCUCCUGGACCUCCGCACGGUUGCUGGGGUGGCUCCAACCGUCGGGUUCUUCCUCGACUCCGGCGGCCGCAGGUGGAAAUGGCGAGAGAAGGAGAGGUUCAGAGGACGAUUGAUCCUCGACAGCCCUCUGAAAAAUCGCGCUAAUCAGAUCAAAUUGACAGGAGAAGCUUCCAAACUGAAAUAUGCUCCUCCCACCCGCACGUUGGAGCACCAGCUUGAUCUUGAGAAGAAGAGACGGAAAAAGCCGGAUGGCAAGAAGCUCAAGCAGGUGGUGAAGGGAAAUAGUCGUGACACCGUUGUUCAGGAGUCCGGUGAGGCCUGUGAGGAGCCGCAGCGGUCCAGAGAUGUCCAUGGGGGCAAAAGGUCACUAUCUCGUGCAAGUGAAAGCUCAAGAGCAGCAAAGGUUGCGAGAACUAUUGAUUCAAAAGUUGUCAUGACCCAAUUGAAGACCAAAAUGAAAGGAAGAAAAUUGCCUCCAAUUAUUUCGGGGUCUCCUAUGUUGAAUCUGAUUGCAAGAAAGAAAGCACAAACAUCCGGAAGGUCACCAAACCAGCUUGUAAGGUCUCCAAGGUCCACUGGGACUUUGAAAUCCCCGUCUUUGGAUGCUCUCUCGCCUGUUUCUGUACAUGCUACUCCAGCUUCUUUGCAUGCUCUUUCGCCUAUUCCUGGACAUGGUGCUCCAUCCACUAUGCGCGAUCGUCUUUUUCCUGCUCCUACCCACGGAUCCAAGCGCAGACCACGCAAGUUGACCUCUAUCAUUUGGAGUGAGCCAAUAUAUAUUGAUGGAUUUCUGAUGCAAGGCCAGUGCAACUAUUGCAACAAUAUAUUUCCAGCCUCUAAGGUCUCAGGUACUAGUCAACUUGCUAGACACCUCAAGGUAUGUGAGGUCAAAUGUUCAAUGGAUGGGUUGGUGCAACAAAUGAAAAAUUCUGAUGAAAUAGACCCUGAUUGGAAAUUUGAUCAAGAAAUCGCAAGGAGUGAGCUUGUCAAGUUAGUUGUCUUACAUGGUCUGCCUUUCUCAUUCGUCGAGUAUGUUGGCUUUAGAAAAUUUUGUGCAGUAGUAAAUCCCUGGUUUAAACCAAUCAGUAGAAUAACAAUUCAAAAUGAUUGCAUAGAAGCUUACCAUCAGUAUAGAAGUUACAAUGAAACUUUCUUCAAGAAUUGCAAUCAUAGAGUAUCACUAACUGGCGAUAUGUGGACCUCAAACCAGAAACUUGGGUAUCUCUGUAUCACGUGUCACUGGAUUGAUAAGAACUGGAAAGUUAAGCAUCGAAUCAUAAGAUUCUGUCUAGUUGAAACACCCCAUGAUAUUUGGUCCUUCAAACCAGGAAUGGCAGAUGGCUCAGACUACCCAACCUCAAAUCUCUAUUUCCUCGAAAUCUGGAGCGUGAAAGUUGUAUUAGAUGAACAAGAAAAGAGCAGCAACGCUACAAUAAGAAUCAUGGUGAGAGAAAUGAAAAAGAAGUUUCAUAAGUACUUCAUGGAGUCAUAUUUGACAAAUUGCAUACCAGUGGUUCUCGACCCAAGGUUUAAAAUGGAGCUUGUCGAGUUUCGAUUGAAAAAAUACUUUGGAGUUGGUGCAGAUAAACAUAUCCUAGAAGUAAAGGAAGCUAUCGCUGCCUUGUUUCUCGCAUAUGCAGCUGAAGUUGAAGACCUCAAUAGCAUGUCACAAGAGCAAAGUGGCGAGGAAACUGGUUUGGCUGAUGAUGCCCUUUCAGAUUUUGAUGAACAUAUCAAGCUUAAGAAAGCUAAUAGCUGCAACGAGCUGCAACGCUACCUAGAAGAAGACUUUCAUCCCCGUACACCCGAUUUCGACAUUUUGAAAUGGUGGGCUGUGAACUCUCCAAGGUAUCCAGUACUUGGCAACAUUGCCCGGCUGUACCAGCUUCGACCGUUGCCUCUGAGUCUGCGUUUAGCACGUGCGGAAGAGUUAUAA